GCACCCCUGAUCUACAAUCUUUAACAGGGCACUCAUCACGCGCACACUGCUCCGCUCGUUGAGUGUUUACGGUAGCUCGCGCCUCUCGUCCUGAGUGGAACUAGUAGUUAAUCGCUCAUUUCGUGAGUGUAGGUUGACAGCUCUCUCCUUGUUGCUGAGUCGUCCCGGUACUUCACGUCAAGAUUAUGGGCUUUGAUCUAGACCGUUUUGAAGGUCCCGUGGAUCCGGACUUAAUCUGUAAACUGUGUGGGAAGGUUUUAGAAGAUCCUCUCAGCACUCCGUGCGGACAUGUCUUCUGCGCCGCGUGCGCGCUCCAGUGGCUCUCCAAAGUCAGCAGCUGCCCUGUCCAGUGCCAGAAGAUCUCCACCAAAGAGCUGAACCACGUCCUGCCCCUAAAAAACCUAAUUCUCAAGCUGGACGUCAAAUGCGACCACUGUGAACGAGGCUGCAACCGGGUGAUAAAGCUCCAGCAUCUGCCAGAGCACGCGGAGGCGUGCGAAUUCUUUCCGGUCAGAUGCGAGAAUGAAGGAUGCGACGCGGUGCUCAACUUGAGGGAUGUGGCCUCCCAUAUGCGGGAGAGAUGCGAGCACAGGGCGGUGGAGGACUGUAAGGAUGGAUGUGGACUCGCGCUGACCCUCAAGGAGAGGUCGGAAGACCACAGCUGUCUCCAAGCUCUUAGGACACACAGCGGUCUCCUCCAAACCAAAGUGCUGAGUCUGGAGAAGGAGCUGAAGCGCCAGUCGCUGAGCUUCAGUAAGAGGGAGAGCUCCCUCCUCUCCAAACUCUCCGCGCUCCACUGCGAGCUGCACAUCACAGCGCUCACAUUUCAGAAGAAAAUCACCGAGUACAAGAACAGGAUUGACGCGCUGUCCAGCAGCUGGAUGCAUCUCGAUAAGGGUGAAGAAACAAGGAGCCUCAAAGUGACCCUCCAAAGAACAUCAGGAUCUCUUGGAUUCAGUAUCAUUGGAGGAAGCUUGUGUGGGUCUGUUUCACCCAGCACCACACUUUUAGAGUCUGUGUUUCUGCCCUGCCCUGAAUGUCCUGCGUCUCCUCUGGUUCUGCCCAGCCCUGAAUCUCCUGUGUCUCUGCUGGUUCAACCCUGUCUGUGUCGUCGAUGA